AUGUAUCAAAAUUCUGGUAAGGGUUCCGAAAAGAUUCUAUCCAACAAGAAAAAGCUUAAGGAUGACAAAAUCGUUAUACUUACCGCCGAGUGUAGCGCUAUUAUUCAAAACAACAUGCCUCCUAAACUAAAAGGCCCAGGUAGUUUCUCCAUACCACGUGUAAUCGAAAAGUUUAUCAUAGACAAAGCUAUAUGUGAUUUAGGAGCCAUUUUUAGUUUAAUGCCCUUAUCCACAUGCGAAAAACUUAAUCUAGGAGAAUUAAGACCAACAAAGAUAUCUCUACAACUAGCUGACCGUUCUGUUAAAUUUCCAACAGGUAUGCUAGAGAACAUUCCCGUUCGCAUAGGACAAUUCUAUAUUCCAACCGACUUUGUAAUAAUGGAUAUAAAGGAGGAUUCCCAUAUCCCUAUUAUUUUAGGAAGACCCUUUUUAGCCACAGCCGGAGCCAUCAUAGAUGUGAAGAAAGGUAGGCUAACAUUCGAAGUUGGAGAAGAAAAAGUUGAAUUUCUCUUAGCUAAAUUCCUACAAGCACCAGCUAUAGACGACCCGUGUUGUUUCUUAGACGUCAUCGAUGAAUGUGUGAAAGAGAUGGAGAAGGACAUACUGAAGUACUGA